AUGUGCACCUACACAACCCACAUCCACACCUGCGCCCGCUGCGCCCGCCAAGAAACAGUCCUCAUCUCCGAACAAAUCUGUCCCGUCGCCCGACCCAGCGGCAUCUUCGGCACUUGUACCACGGGUAUCCUCUUCCAGCAACGCGACGCCCACGCUGGGCCUCCCCCUUUAUCUUUAUCCCCUAGGUUUUCUACCACCACUUCUACUUCUACUUCUUCUCCUUCCUCCUCUUAUAGUACCACUGCCGGACCUUGGACAGCAGGAUCGGGCACCCCUGGAUCAGGUCCCGCGGGACCGGGCCCCGCAGGAUCAGGAAGACAAAGACGCAGUACGAGCGGCGCCUACCGCGCGCGGGGGUACAGUCUGAACCAGUGCUGGCCGUGUCGGGAAGCGGUAAGAGUGGCUAUUGCUGCGGCGGUGGCGGCGGCGGGGGAGAUGGGGGGUGGUCGAUGGGGGGGAAGACGUGCUUCUGGCUCUACUUCUAGCUCUAGCUUUGGCUAUACCUCUAGUUCGAGUUCAGGUUCUGGCGCGAGUUCUGGUUCGAGUUCAGGUUAUGGCUACAGUACAAGCUCUGGGUUUAAGGCUGGGACUGCGCUGGCAGCGGGCGGGCGGGGGAGGAUGGAGGGCUGGGUGGGGGGUAGGAGUGGGAGUGGGGAUGGUGGUAGUGGUGCGUUGGGUGUGAGGAUGGAGGGUGGUGGUGUUGGGGUUGCUGGGGACUGGGUGUGA